GAUGCAUCUUAGCUUCCCAAAAACUGACAUUGCCAAUAUUUUAUUUUCUCUACGAAACAACUACUAUCAUUUCUAAUAUUUUCUCUAGUACUAAUUGAAUAAAAGUGUUGAUCUCUUUAUCUCUUCUCUGUUUUCCUCCUCUCAAGUAUGAUUCAAAGUCACAUAACUUUUGGAGUUGUGGCAAAAGUAUUCUAGGUCAUGACUUGCACUAAUGAAAUGGCUUUUUUCCCUGCCAAUUUCAUGCUACAUACUCCUCAUCAAGACGACCAUCAAGACUUCCAAGGUGUUGGUUCAUUUCUAGGGAAAAGAACCAUGUCAUUUAAUGGGAUGGAGGCUAAUAAUAACUGUGAGGAAAAUCAUGAAGAGGAAGAUUUAUCUGAUGAUGGUUUACGUGAGGCAGGUAGGAAGAAGAAAAUUAGAAGGCUUAAUAUGGAACAAGUGAAGACGCUUGAGAAGAACUUUGAGUUAGGGAAUAAACUUGAGCCAGAGAGGAAAAUGCAGUUGGCUAGAGCUCUUGGCUUACAACCAAGGCAGAUUGCCAUUUGGUUCCAAAACAGGAGAGCAAGAUGGAAAACCAAGCAAUUGGAGAAAGACUAUGAUGUUCUCAAGAGACAGUUUGAAGCUGUCAAGGCAGAAAAUGAUUCCCUCUUAGCUCACAAUCAGAAGCUUCAUGCAGAGAUAAUGACACUAAAAAAUGUAGAGCAGCCAACAGAAAUAUCAAUCAACUUGAACAAGGAAACAGAAGGUUCAAGCAGUAAUAGAAGUGAAAACAGCUCAGAAAUUAUGAAGCUAGAUACCUCAAUGAGACCAGCAGCCAUUGACAGCCCAAUAUUAGUAUCCACUACUCAUCAGCCAAUUACUAGGUGCAGCAGACUCUUGUUCCCAUCCCCAAUGAGGCCUAAUGGGGUAGCACAGCUCUUUCACUCGUCAAGACAAGAAGUGCUACACUGCAAUAUGAAAUUAAUGGACCAAACUGUCAAAGAAGAAACUUUAUCCAACAUGCUCUCUGCUAUUGAUGACCAAUCACCUGGAUUCUGGCCAUGGCUUGAGCAACCACAUUUCAAUUGAAUUUUUUCGGGAAAAAAAUAUACGUAUUUACAGAGUUGAGCUUAAAUAAAAAGGUGAGAAUUUAUAUAGCUGAUCAAAAUUUGUUGGGAUUGAGACGUAAUUAUUAUUGUCGUUGUUGUGCUGCUUGAUGCAUUUCGUUAAAAUUCGUCACAUAUGAAGGAUUUUAAUCAUAUGAAGAUCUUUUUCUCUUUUGGGAUCAUUUUUUUCUGUUGCACUUUUUUUUUUUGGGUGUAUUAGAAUGUUGUAUAAAGUAAUGAAGUGCAUACCAAUUUGAAUAUUUAA